UUUCUUUCCUUCUCAUCUAAAUUAUUCUUUCCUAAUCGUUCUUCGGCCAGAAUUGUCGUCGCCGUCUGCACUUCACUUCUUACUGUCCGUACCAGACCGACGCACACGUGAGAAGAGAGAGAGAGAGAGAGAGAGAGAGAGAGUUUUCUUCGUUUUUUCAUGGUUUCAAUUUCAUUUAAAAGCUUCCAUCGUUGUUGAGUCUUUCUCCAUUAUCUCCAAAUUUUUAUCAAGAGUAGCUCGAGAGUAAGAAGAGAAACAGUUUGGGGUUAGACAGGUAGAGUAAUUACAAUGGAUAGUUCAACGGAGGACCACCAAGAACCCAACAUUGGGAUUGACGGCUACAUAAAUAUUGCUGCUUCUGCCAAUCAGAAUUCAGUUGCAGACUCUAGUGUAGGAGGAGCUCCAGGGAGAUCGGGUGAGUCGGGAGAGAAGGAGAUGGCACCACUGGGAGGAAAUUCGAUUCACCGUUCAUCAUCCAGGCCACAGUUGGACCUCAGCAAAGCGGCCAUACAAGGGAAUUUUGAGGAGAAAGAUCCUACAAUUCUGUUGCCUAAUCAGUCUGAUGAUAUUUCUCAUCUGGCUUUGGAUAUUGGAGGAUCGCUCAUUAAGUUGGUGUAUUUCUCAAGACAUGAGAAUCAGCCUGUCAACGACGCAAAGAGAAAGACAAUCAAGGCGAGACUUAGCAUGACCAAUGUAAAUAGGAGGAGCUACCCGAUUCUUGGCGGGAGGCUGCAUUUUGUGAAGUUUGAAACUUCUAAAAUUAAUGAAUGCUUGGAUUUCAUCUACUCCAAGCAGCUUCAUCAUGGUGGAAUGGAUUCACAGCAUUGGCAAUCUGAAGGGAGUCCAAACACUCAGAACACCGUAAUUAAGGCAACAGGUGGUGGGGCUUACAAGUUUAACGAUCUUUUCAAGGAAAGGCUUGGGAUCAGUAUAGAGAAAGAGGAUGAAAUGAACUGCCUGGUAGCUGGUGCAAAUUUUUUACUCAAGGCGAUUCGACAUGAAGCUUUUACACACAAGGAGGGCCAUAAAGAGUUUGUGCAGAUUGACUCGAAUGACCUGUUCCCUUACCUUCUCGUCAACAUAGGAUCUGGUGUCAGUAUGAUCAAGGUUGAUGGGGACGGAACGUUUGAGCGUGUUAGUGGAACAAAUGUUGGUGGGGGCACCUACUGGGGUCUUGGGAAGCUCUUAACCAAGUGUAAAAGUUUUGAUGAACUAUUGGAGCUGAGUCAACGGGGAGAUAACCGAACCAUCGACAUGCUAGUAGGAGAUAUUUAUGGUGGCAUGGACUACUCGAAGAUUGGUCUUUCUGCAUCGACUAUUGCUUCUAGUUUUGGGAAGGCUAUCUCGGAAAAUAAAGACCUUGAAGACUACAGACCUGAAGAUAUAUCUCUGUCUCUCUUGCGAAUGAUAUCCUAUAAUAUUGGUCAGAUAUCUUACUUAAAUGCAUUGCGCUUUGGGCUUAAGAGAAUAUUCUUCGGAGGGUUUUUCAUCAGGGGCCAUGCUUACACUAUGGACACCAUUUCAUUUGCUGUUCAAUUUUGGUCACAGGGGCAAGCCGAGGCAAUGUUUUUGAGGCACGAAGGGUUUCUAGGAGCAUUAGGUGCCUUUAUGAGCUAUGAAAAGCACGGGCUGGAUGACCUUAUGGUUCAUCAGCUGGUUGAAAGGUUCCCAAUGGGUGCACCAUAUAUUGGAGGAAAUGUUCAUGGUCCACCUUUAGGAGAUCUUAACGAAAAGAUCUCUUGGAUGGAGAAGUUUGUGCUGAAGGGAACUGAAAUUACCGCGCCGGCUCCUGUUCCAAUGAGUCCCCCGGGAACUACUGGCCUUGGGGGAUUCGAAGUUCCGUCAUCCAGAGGAGAUAUCUUACGUUCUGAUGCUAGCAAACUCAAUGUGGGCGUUCUCCAUCUCGUACCGAGUUUGGAGGUGUUUCCGUUGUUGGCUGAUCCAAAACUAUAUGAGCCGAACACUAUCGAUCUUUCUGAUCCUGGUGAGCUAGAGUAUUGGUUCGCCGUCUUAUCAGAGCAUAUGCCGGAUCUUGUUGAGAAGGCUGUGGCGAGUGAAGGUGGCACCGAUGAUGCCAAGAGAAGGGGCGAUGCAUUCGCCCGCGCAUUCUCUGCUCACCUUGCAAGGCUGAUGGAGGAGCCAGCCGCGUAUGGAAAGCUGGGGCUAGCAAACCUAUUAGAGCUAAGAGAAGAGUGCUUGAGGGAGUUCCAUUUUCGUGAUGCCUACAGAGGCAUAAAACAGAGGGAAAACGAGGCAUCACUUGCAGUUCUCCCCGAUCUGUUGAGGGAAUUAGACGGCAUGAAUGAGGAAACAAGGCUGUUGACAUUAGUGGAGGGAGUACUCGCCGCAAAUAUUUUUGACUGGGGAUCCCGAGCGUGUGUCGAUCUCUACCACAAGGGGACCAUUAUUGAAAUAUACCGAAUGAGCCGAGACAAGAUGCAAAGGCCAUGGCGGGUGGACGACUUUGAUGUUUUCAAAGAGAGGAUAUUCGGUUCGGCAGAGAAGAAGCCGCAACCCUAUAAAAGAGCGCUGCUUUUCGUCGACAACUCAGGCGCCGACGUCGUCUUGGGAAUGCUUCCACUUGCUCGGGAGCUUCUCCGACGAGGGACUGAAGUUGUUCUUGUGGCUAAUUCCCUUCCUGCGCUAAACGACGUGACUGCGAUGGAAUUACCCGAUAUUGUUGCCGAGGCUGCUAAGCAUUGCGACAUUCUUCGAGGAGCGGCUGAAGCGGGUGGCUUAUUGGUCGAUGCAAUGAUAAACUUUCAAGAUAGUCCCCGGGAGAGGUCAAAGUCGGUGGUGCCAUUAAUGGUCGUCGAGAAUGGGUGCGGAAGCCCUUGCAUAGAUCUGCGACAAGUGAGCUCGGAGCUUGCAGCCGCUGCCAAGGAUGCCGAUCUGAUUAUUCUCGAAGGGAUGGGACGAGCGCUGCACACAAACUACAAUGCAAAGUUCAAAUGCGACGCCCUUAAGUUGGCGAUGGUGAAGAAUCAACGGUUAGCUGUGAAGCUGAUCAGUGGAAACAUUUAUGACUGCGUGUGUCGAUUCGAAUCGGCGUCUAGUGAUUAAAUCUUUUAGAUUUUCUAAAAGAUUUUUAACAUUUGAAGGAAAAUUUUGAGGAUGAUAUUGCUGCAUAUAAACCUCAGUGAAUCAAAACUUUGGAUCUCAGGUCGAGUAGUUUGAGGUUGUUGUUGGUAACUUAAAUUGUUAAUUAUUAAGUUAAGUGAACAAUCUUUGGGUUUAUUAAGUGCUAUUGAUGUGUUUAUGUCUUUUCGUUU